AUAUGCUCAGCGUUGGCAACUGUACAUCCUUAAGUGUAUUUGGGGAGCGAUAUUCCAAACUUGGACCCAACCAGAGGACUUAUAAAAGUUUAGGAUAACUUCCUUUGCUUUUAUACACCAAUUUGGGAUGGGGGGGGAGCUUGAAAUUGGAUACAUUUCAACUAUCCAGGGGAUAUUGCUACUUGUGAACCAGGAAGUGAAUCAGUUUUGAAUGAGGAUGGUUGAGAUUUUACUGCAGGUCCUGAAUUCAUUCAGUGAUGAAGAAAGCAGGACAGAUGUGACUAAGGAUUGGGACACCAGGGAUCUGGGGGCUUGCCUGCUGCUGGGGGAGGAAUCCUGCGGCAAAACCUCCCUCCUCUUCCUGGCAGCAGCCUCAGCAGCUGGCCGAGAGGGCAGGCGGGUGCUCUUCCUGGCCCCCAGCCCAGUGCAAGCGCUGCCCUCCCCGCUCCUCAGCCUGGAGCCCAGCAGCCUGCGGAGGAUCCAGUUCGCCUACCCCAGGUCGGCGGAGGAGCUGCUGGAGGCGGUGGCGUCCUUGCACGAGAGCCCCUGCAGCCUGCCCUCCCUCAUCCUGCUGGAUGGGCUGGACAGGUACCUGCAGGGCGCCUGCGGGCAGGACAUGGCUCAGCAGGUGGCGCUGAUCGCUGCCUUGCUCCGGGACAGCGCUACCUGGCUCAGUGAGAAGCUACGAUCCAGCACAGAGAUCAUUGCGACACUGAAGACGCUAGAUCAGGAGGAAACUGCAGUGGAGCCGGGUCUGCCUAUAAUCGAGCGCUAUUUCCCAGUGAAGUGCAUGGUGAAGGAGGAGCCGUGUAAACUGGAAGGGGCUCAGAGUUAUCUCAUUUCGUUCGCCGGACUGACAAAGAGUGAGGCUAAAGGGCCUUCUACAUCUCAAAGCGUGGAGGACUGUACCUGGGAGAUGCUUUAUGAGGCUGAUAAUGUGACAAGGAUCCACCCUGUAACAAGAGAGAAGAAGGAAAGUGAAGAGACACAGGACACUUGGGGAUCAGAGGAAGGAGCUUCCAACUAAUUCUUAAUCUGCUUUCAAAAGUACCAAAGAACAAUUCUAGCUCAUCAUUCCUUUGGCGUCCCAACCGCACUUCCAAUGCAACUAAUGUCUUUAUUUCCACUGUUCUACUCAGCACAUUAUUCAAAAUGCUGUCAGAGCUGUCACCCACUGGAUGUGAUACAAAGUCAAGGCCCUGUCUGCUCCUGUCGGUUGGCCAAGAAAGGUAUCGGUCGAGGGAAGAAUGUUCAGGAGCUUGAGGGGAGUCCCCUGCUCUUCUUCAACUGGUGCCUCUUCUUCAACUAUUGCGUCCACCUGAGAGGGCAGGCUUAACAUCACGAGCAAAGGACAGCACCCGGGUUGGAUCAUGUGCUCACGUCUCUGUAACUCUUUAGAGUCAAACAAUUAAACCAAAUUAGCAAAAUCGGGGAUACAAUGAAAGGCAGCCCGGUGAGGGGAAACUGCAAAAACAAAGACAAAAUUCCAAGGAAAUUUACCAACAUUAAAUCAAAAUGUGAUCAAAAGGGUCUGGAAGUGCCCCAGUCCCUGUGGUGCUCACUGAGCAUGGAAGGUCUCGACAGUGCCGACAGACACCAGUGGGGCUUGAACCUAUAAUCUUCUGACUCAGAGGCGAGAGUGCCGGCACUGAGCUAAACCCUCCCUCUUCUAAUUUCCCACCUAUGCCAUCAUGGAACACGUGUGGCUCCCUUAAACAUAUUGACGUUUAUCUGAACAAUACAGGGGGGGGAAUCGUAAAUACAUUUAGCAGGUUACCCUCUCUGGUCAAGGACGCUUCCAAAGGUCAAUGUUUAAAAACGAAGGUUGAUUGUGAGGAAAAAUGAAAGAAGCCUAUUUUUUUUUUCACAGUUUAGCUCUGUGAGGAAAAUGUCCCUAACUUCAGGAAAGAAAGUACUAAUUGGUGUCCAGAAGUUAAGCCCAGACUGAUAUCUCAUGGCUAGCCAAGAAGGUAAGGCCUGUGGAGUUUGGAACAUAGAACAAUUGUUGGGAGAAAUGUGGUCACUGAUGAACCUUUCUGGACAAUGUAAUCAAAACAGUAGCAGUCAGAUUACAGUUCGAUUUUAUAAUUGGAGAGUGAGAUUACAAGAGGGAAGAUCUUAAAUGAGCCAAAUGGCCUUUCCUCUGACACUUUUUAUCCCACAGUUAGAAUCGUGAAGAUACACUGUGCUGAACAUAAAAUGUUGCUUAUCUCAGCUCCCACUGGAUGGAGCUCUGCUUUCUCAAUUGACUAAGGACCCCACCUGGGAGGUAGAGUCCAGUGCUGGUGCUGGAAUGAGACUUUAGCUUCGAGCGAAAUAAGGGAAAGUCUAAAUUUUUGUAAGUUCUGAAAGUUUGCAACUUGGAUGUUCCCUUUAAACAGGGCUGACUUUUAUCAAGCUCCACAUCAGUCUGAGUAAAAAUAUAUUAGCUGCAAAGCACAAAAGGAAAUCAAAAUGGCUUCCAAGGGUCAGAGGUAGAUGAAUGAGCGUGAUAGGCACCACAGUGCCAUUGACCAAUAAGCAAUUCAUUGGCUUUGAAGCCCAAGAACCAAAAGGUGCUAUAGAAUUACAAAUUGUUGUUAAUUUUUAUAACUCGGCCCCCAUAGCUCUUCUCCACCAUUUCAAACCAACAAGGGUGAGGGUAAAGAGAGCACUUUACCCUCGGCCCUUUGCAGUCAGCCAUAAGGAUAAGCCAGUCACUUAUCUGUCUCCACUAUUGGGAGUUGCUGACCAAGGUCAGGACUCCACUGGUCCCAGUUUAACUCCUCUUGCCCGGCAGAAACCGGGAUUAGGGAGGUGGUGUGAGCGUAAGGGGAGGAGAAACAAUAGUUAAAAUGGGGACAGUCUCUGAUUCCCCCUCUGAUCCAGCUACAUUCCGGCCUUGCCCCGUUCAGGAGAGGGAUACCCACAGGAAGGCUGUGGGGUCUUUAAAGAUAAGAUCAUAUCCCAGCGCCGUUACAUGGAGGAGGGGGAAGCAGUGCCGGGUUCUCUGUCAGGCUCGGUCUGUUGGGAGGUGGGUCCAUGGGUUGGACGAGGCCCCAGUAGAUAAGUUUAAUCUUAGAUUCGGUAAGUGCUUAACCAGGCCUGACAGAGAGGCCUUGGGCAUUCAUGGGGCCAGGCUCCCACCCCACUCACUGAUUACCUCACGAAGCCUUCUCCCCCACCCCACUCUGACACUUCCCACACAUCCUCGGAUGAGGCCUAUCCCGAAUCCCCACUCCCGCCCGCUGGCCUUGCGUUGAAUCCGAUCGAGUUCCAGCGGGAUUCUGAGAAAAUUUACAGCAGGGAGGCUCAAACAGGUCCCCGGACUCCCCCGGGGUUUACCAACCAAUGUUGGGGUUCGUAUGCACCAGAUUCUCCCAACCACCUCCAAUUUAAAUUCAGAGUCGUGGUGUCAGUGAUUGGUCAAGACAGGUCUGGGCCUUAUUGUUCUGUAGCCAGCAAGCCAGUGGACAUUAUGCCAUUCGAGCAUUCAUCGCCGUGAAUUGUUCCCUUGACCGUGCAGAAGUUUAACUGCCCCCCUCGCUGGCUGCGUGAAUUCAUCCUUAGUCAGUAGCUGAGCUGUACACUUUAAGAAGGUCAACAGGUGAUCUCAACCCUGGAAGGGUGGGGAGGUGAGGCGGGGGAGUGAGAUGGGACAGCACGGUUUCCCUGGGUUCUGGAAGGGUAAAAUUGCUUUGUGGUUUCUGCUUGGUAACCGGUGAUUGCUGACUGGAAGCGCUUGAGCUCAUAUAUCGAUUGAGGUUGUGGUCAGGCAGGGCUGUGACAGUCCCCCCCACCCAAGUCAAAUGGCCUACUGACACUCAGUGUCGAGGCUCCAAGAUGCAGUGCGGCAAUUUGGAUGUAGUGUGAGAGUGAACCAGUCAAUCCCUUCAAAGGGGGAAUUAAUUUUUACAGUUUUCUCUCACCUGAUGUUUGAAUGGAAGCAAAAUGAGUUAUGCUUUGGAAACGUUCUGAGAAUCCUUGUUACGGAAUAGUUUUUUGUUUGUUGAUGUUAUUGUUUAAACUGAGGCUCCAUAAGGUAUAAAAAAUGCGUUGAAAGUC